GGAAGCACAUGGCGGCAUUGUGAGAGCGUGGCGGUGUUCGUGGCGCGCUUUUGUUUUCCCCUAUUUUCUGUUUUAGCCAAAUGUAAUUUUUUUUAAUCCCCACCUCCCCAACAGAAGAAAGUGUUGUUGUCGCGUUGCCAUGCAGGUGUGCGGUGUGUGCGCAGAGCAGGUUCCCAAAUACCGCUGUCCGACCUGCAGAGUCAGAUACUGUUCGCUCCUUUGCUACAAGAAACACAAAGACGGUUGCGUCCCAGAGCUGCCCGCUCCACCGUCAGCACCUCUCAGCUGGACACAAAAUUCUGGAGACUGGGCUGUGGAGGAUUUUCUGGAUGAAGACAGUGAAUCAGACAGAGUUCCUUUACAGAGACUGAAACAACUGGGUGAGUCGGAGGAGCUCAAAGCCCUGCUGCGUAACCCUCACCUUAGGCGGCUGCUGCUCACAGUGGACCGGGCAGAGAGCAAAGCGGACAUCAUGAAGACUGCAAUGCAAGAACCCCUGUUUGUAGAGUUUGCAGACCAGUGCUUGAAAAUUGUGGAGCCACUGGAGAAUGAGGACACGAUGGACUAGACAGACAUCACCAGUGUGACUGGAGAACAUCUUUAUUUUACAGACUCCUGCAUCCAGUGUAAAUAUUGAACUUUGUACCCUGUGUCUAAUUUUUCAAAAUUUAAUAUUUUUGGAAAAUUACAACUUA